AGCGUUCCAUUCGGCCAGCGGUGGGCGGUUGCCACAGCUGGUUUAGGGCCCCGACUAUUGGGGCCCCUUGUCAGGAGGAGGCAGUCUCCCGUCCGGGGAGAAAAACUCACUGCCACCUUUGGCGGCCGACGCGGUCCCUUGGGACAGUGCACUUCCUGCCCUCAGUAGCUGGCCGAGUUCGGUCUCUCUCGUUCAGGGUUAGAAAUUGGACUUUUGAUGAUGUUUGACCCAGCAGCAUCAAUAGCAGGCAACGUGAUUUUGAAGCUGGUCUCAGCCUCUGUUUCUUCUCUCGUGUAAUCACAAAGCCCACUUUGGACCUGGAAUUCCAAUCAUGUCUGUGAUGGUGGUGAGAAAGAAGGUGACACGGAAAUGGGAGAAACUCCCUGGCAGGAACACCUUUUGCUGUGAUGGCCGUGUCAUGAUGGCCCGGCAAAAGGGGAUCUUCUAUUUGACUCUCUUCCUCAUCCUGGGGACCUGCACACUCUUCUUUGCCUUCGAGUGUCGCUACCUGGCUGUCCAGCUGUCUCCUGCCAUCCCUGUGUUUGCUGCUAUGCUCUUCCUUUUCUCCAUGGCCACACUGUUGAGGACCAGUUUCAGUGACCCUGGAGUGAUUCCUCGGGCCCUACCAGAUGAAGCAGCUUUCAUAGAAAUGGAGAUAGAAGCUACCAAUGGUGCAGUGCCCCAGGGCCAGCGACCACCCCCUCGUAUCAAGAAUUUUCAGAUAAACAACCAGAUUGUAAAACUGAAAUACUGUUAUACAUGUAAGAUCUUCCGGCCUCCUCGGGCCUCCCAUUGCAGCAUUUGUGACAACUGUGUGGAGCGAUUUGACCAUCACUGCCCCUGGGUGGGGAACUGUGUUGGAAAGAGGAACUACCGUUACUUCUACCUCUUCAUCCUUUCUCUCUCCCUCCUCACAAUUUAUGUCUUCGCCUUCAACAUCGUCUAUGUGGCCCUCAAAUCCCUGAAAAUUGGCUUCUUGGAGACGUUGAAAGAAACUCCUGGAACUGUUCUAGAAGUCCUCAUUUGCUUCUUCACACUCUGGUCCGUCGUGGGACUGACUGGAUUUCACACUUUCCUCGUGGCUCUCAAUCAGACAACCAAUGAAGACAUCAAAGGAUCAUGGACAGGGAAGAAUCGUGUCCAGAAUCCCUACAGCCAUGGCAACAUUGUGAAGAACUGCUGUGAAGUCCUGUGUGGCCCCUUGCCUCCCAGUGUGCUGGAUCGAAGGGGUAUUUUGCCACUGGAGGAAAGUGGAAGUCGACCUCCCAGUACUCAAGAGACCAAUAGCAGCCUCUUGCCACAGAGCCCAGCCCCAACAGAACACCUGAACUCCAAUGAGAUGCCGGAGGACAACAGCACUCCGGAAGAGAUGCCACCUCCAGAGCCCCCAGAGCCACCACAGGAUGCAACUGAAGCUGAGAAGUAGCCUAUCUAUGGAAGAGACUUUUGUUUGUGUUUAAUUAGGGCUAUGAGAGAUUUCAGGGGAGAAGAUAUACCCGAGACAGAGAGCAAGUAAGCUGUCCCUUUUACUGUUUUCCUUUGGUCUUUAGAUACACAAUUGCACACUGGCAUUUUCUUGCUGCAAGCUUUUUUUUUUUUUAUUUCUGGACUCAAGGCAGUGGCAGAAGAUGUCAGUCACCUCUGGCAACUGGACAAAUGGGUCUUUUGGACCUUGGCACUUAUUUCCCAUGGCCCUAGCCAUGGGGUCUCCUUGGACUCCUCUCCCCACCAGAUCCCAGCUCUCCUGAUUGGGGUCAUUGGUCUCAUUAUGGGGCUAACGAUUCUUGAGACUGGCUCAAGUCCUCAAGCUGCUGCAUGUCCUGAGUCCAGAAGCAGACACAGAAACCUCUGGCCAGGGAAUCCUAACUGGGUUCUUCUCCUUCAGAAUUGAUAAGGAUGGAGAGUGAGGUUGGAGGAUUCUCCUGGCUACAAAGUGCCAGCAUUGCCAGCCAAUCCUUUUAGGAAUGGGGCAGGUACCUUCCUCUUGUAUUUAUUCAUGUAGCUUUUCUCCUUUGUCCCCCAUCCACUCUCUAACACCCAUGUCCCACUCUUUCCCCAUUAGAUAUAUGUAAGUAGUUUUAGUAGAGCUAACAAUUUACAUUUCUCAUAGAUUCUCCAGGAACUUUUAAUACCUGUGCUAUUCUCAAUAAGAAUUGACAAGAUGCCAAUGGCAUAGCCCCUCACACUCUCUGCCUCAUCUCUCCUCCUUUCUCAUUAGCCCAUUUAAAUUUUUUUUUCUUUUUACUCUUGCUCCCAAUAGGAGCAGGAACAGCAGUAAUAAAAGUCUACACUUUGGUGAUUCCUUUUCCUCAGAGGAAACCCAAGUGCUCACUUAAACACUACCCCCUCAGAUUCCCUGUGUGAGGCCUACAGAGGCCCUGAAUGCACAAAUGGGGAAAUCAAGGCACAGAGAGGCUCUCCUCUCCUCUCCUCUCCCUCUAUGUCCCCU